AUGAGUUUCCAGGACACACACGAAACAGCCUUACGUUCUUACAUCGACACUCGUGCAAGAACUCUCCAACAAUCAAUUGAAGCAGCUGCACGCAAUCGCACAGCAAACAAUGUCGCCGAGCUAGAAAAGCAGAUCGAUCGUGAGUCCGAUCGUUUCGUUGAAGAUGUUACUGCACGUGUCAAUGGAAUACGAGACCAAAUCAAGGCACGACGACCGACCGACGAGCAGAGUCCAGACUAUGCAGAGCGAAUGAAUCAAUACAAACAAUAUGUAUCGCUGUCAUCCAUCGGUAUUAAUCAAGUGACAACAUGGGUCAAUCGUAUAUUCAAAAAGAUCAUCGAUGUCAUCAAAGAUAUCGUUGAAUGGAUCAACGACACGGCGCGAACAGUCAUCAAUAUUCUGGAACUGAUUCGUAAUUCAUUCAAUGAUUUUGUUAAAGCUUUUCUUGAAUGA